CAGUUUGGUUCGAUCAGUCGUCGCAGCAAGUCCAACUCGUCAUCGGGCUCCACACACAGCGCAGUCGAGAGUCGAGGGUGGCGCAGUGCUUGGCCCAGUCACCGUCUCCGUUCCACCUAACUGAAAAGGGCGCGCGAGUGCAUUAACUUUAACCGUUAACCGUAUUGUGCGCUCAUUUUUGGCUAUAUAAUAUAUAUAUUUGUGUCAAGUUGUAUUCGCGUGUAGAAUAUGUGUGUGUAAAGUCGAACGAAUUAUGCAAUUGGCCUAUGCUAAGUGAAAAGUCAAAUUGUGUUUUGUAAUGCUCCAAAGAAACGAAUAUACAAAGAAAAGUGAAGCUGCUGCCGAGCUAAAGCUAAAUCGCAAUCAACGGCACUGAAAAGCCGUUUUAAAACAAAUACAAAUAAAACAUACAAAAAAAAAAAAUAAAACAAAAAAGAGUUACUGAAAUUUAAGACAUCCAGACAAAAAUGGCGGCUGCAGCGACAACGACAACUGCGACUGCGUCUGCGUCUGCGUCUACGGCGAACAUUUGCGUCAGCUGCGCACGCCAGCGUCAAAGCCGACGCUGCGUCGGCGCCGGCGCUACGACUGCGGCUGGCAGUAAUGCCAUAUUGCGAAUUUAUAGCGCCUGGGCACUACUCACACUGCUGGCCGCCAGUGCUGCCUAUGUGCAGAGUGCAGCCGUUUCCUUUGGUGAUCUGCUGUCGCAUCCCACAUUUAAGCCGCUCUGCAGCGCUCAGCACGAGCAUUUCAUUGAGAGCGAUGGCAAAGAAUCUAGUCUCAUCAUCGAACUGAAGCCGGGCAGCUAUGGCGCCCAGCACGCCUCCUGUUCACGCAUUUUGAGCGCACCGCCCAGCUACGGAUUCAUUGUGCGUCUCAUUCUGCCCAAGCUGCGGCACACCCAGCACAGCACUGACAACACGCCCUCCAGCUCCAGCUCCAGCUCCAGUUCCAAUAUUAUGCCCGCCACAGCUCAGCCGCAGAGCCAGGCCAGGCAGGGGCCGCAGUCGAUGCCGAAUGCAACAGCAGCUGCUGCGGCGAGCUCAUCCGCUGUCAUCGUGGGACGCACCUGUCCCUUGAAUAUCUUCAGCUCGUUGGAUCCGCAUACGGCGCAGUGGCGCGUGGAUCCCUGCCAGCUGGAGGACACCGCAUCCGAAAUGGAGGAUCCGGUGCGUUUGUUUCACGGCCGUGUGCGCAUUGUCUGGGAGCAUGGCCAGCAUGCGCUGCGAUCGAAGCUGAUGAUCACGGUGCUGGGCAAGGGCGAGCAGUGUAAGGACCAGAGCAAGCAUCAGUGCCUCAAGAUUGGCGAUGAGCCCAUCCUGUGCAUAUCCAAGGAGCUGGCCUGCGAUGGCAUACGCCAUUGUCCCUACAGCAACGAGUACGACAGCGACGAGGACUACGAGCUCUGCUAUAAGCAGCGACGUCCUGGCGCCGGCGCGCUGCCCUCCGCACUCGAAUCCGAUCUGUUCGAGCAGUUCGCCUUGGAGGUGUUUCGCAAUCUGUUCGCCUACGAUGCGCCCACAUCGCCUGAGGAUCUGCCGCGUAACGACAGCGCCGGCGACGCAGCAGCCGCAGCAGCUGGCAACAAUUCGACAACGCAGCUACGCAAAGUGCACACCAAAGACAUGAAGAAACCGGGCGAGGCGAAUGGUUCGCCCAAUGCCAUUGGCGCGGACUCGUCCACGCCAGAGCUGGAUGCGAAGGCGCAGGAUAAUGCCACCGUGGAGAACAACAAUAGCAGCGGCAGCGGAGCUGGCAGCGGCUUUACGCGUCGCAACUCGACGCGCUCCGGCCUCCACUCGGAUCUGUCCAAGUACGGACCGUGGGGCUAUCUAAUGCUCGGUAUGCUGCUCUGCGGCGGCGCUCUGCUCAUCUGCGGCCUCUGGGCAUCCGCAUCGCAGCACGCCGUCAACAAUGAGCGCGAGGCAGCGCUGGCCGCCGCCAAUGGCGCUGGCUUGGAUCCCACCACAGCCACAUCGCCGCCCAACUACGAGGAGCUGGAUCCGCCGCCGGCCUACUCGGUGCUCUUUCCCAAUCAAAAGGCCGCCAGCAGCAAUACGCUCAAUGCGCUCGAUGGCGCCGUGGCCAGCACAACAGCAGCAGCAGCAGCAGCUGCUGCGGCUGCAGCAGCAAUAGCAGCAGCAGCAACAACAACAAAUGCGGCAGCAGCAGCAGAAGCAACAACUGCAGCAGCAGCAGCAGCAGAACAACAACAAGCCCAACAGCAAACAGGAGACGAGCCAACAAACUAGCUCUAAGCCUGACAAUUAGGUCGCCACAACAUGGCGCAUCUGGCAAAGUAGUUUAGGUUUAGGUUCCAACUUCUUUGACUGACUCUGAUGCAAUUAGUUUAGCAAAACAAUUUUUUAGUUCUAGCUCCUAAGCCUAACUCUAUGUUUAAUGUUUAAUGAUAUAACUAUGUAAAACUGGUCAAGCCGAUCUGUCCCACAAAAAAUCAGAAAUCCGAAAACCUCCCGUGUUCGUCGUCAUGCCAAGCAUUGGCGACCGCACAAUCCUACAUUAUAUCCAAUCCAAACGAAUUGUUCAGUUGCCUGCAAUGUGAAAAUAAAUACUUAUACUAUAUAAUAAUACUUAUCCUAUGUAAAAAGCGAUUGUAAGAAAUGACAAAUUAUAACAAUAACAACGACAA